GCUCGCCGGCUCCCACGCCCCCGCGCCGCGCGCCCGAUCCGUGCGCUCCGAAGACCCCCCCUCCCCACCGGGCGGCCGCCGUUGGCGAUGCUGCAAGAAACUUCUUAAAUGACCGCGUCCCGCUGCCCCGCCGAGCGUUUCUGGGUUGGGGAGAGGAAAGGAAAGUGGAAAAAAACUGAGAACUUCCUGAUCCCUCUCGCUGUGAGACAUGUCUGAGACUCCUGCUCAGUGUAGCAUUAAGCAGGAACGAAUUUCAUAUACACCUCCAGAGAGUCCAGUGGCCAGCUACGGGUCCUCAACCCCGCUUCAUGUUCCAGUGCCUCGGGCGCUCAGGAUGGAGGAAGACUCGAUCCACCUGCCAGCGCACCUGCGCUUGCAGCCGAUUUACUGGAGCAGAGAUGACGUAGCCCAGUGGCUCAAGUGGGCGGAAAACGAGUUUUCUUUGAGGCCCAUCGAGAGCAACACGUUCGAAAUGAACGGCAAGGCGCUCCUGCUGCUGACCAAAGAGGAUUUCCGCUACCGAUCUCCUCAUUCAGGCGAUGUGCUCUAUGAGCUCCUCCAGCACAUUCUGAAGCAGAGGAAACCCCGCCUUCUCUUCUCACCUUUCUUCCACCCUGGGAACUCUAUCCACACGAAGCCGGAGGUCCUACUGCAUCAGAACCAUGAAGAAGAUAACUGUGUCCAGAGGACGCCCAGGCCACCUGCAGAGAGUGUGCACCACAACCCUCCCACCAUUGAACUCUUACAUCGCCCUAGGUCACCCAUCACCACAAACCACAGGCCUUCUCCUGACCCCGAGCAGCGGCCUCUGAGGUCCCCUCUGGACAACAUGAUCCGCCGCCUCUCGCCAGCCGAGAGGGCCCAGGGGCCAAGGCUCCAGCAGGAAAAUAACCACCAGGAAUCCUACCCCCUGUCAGUCUCUCCUAUGGAGAAUAAUCACUGCCCAGCCUCCUCGGAGUCCAACCCGAAGCCCUCCAGCCCCUGGCAGGAGAGCACGCGAGUGAUCCAGCUGAUGCCCAGCCCCAUCAUGCACCCUUUGAUCCUGAACCCCCGGCACUCGGUAGAUUUCAAACAGUCCCGGCUCUCCGAAGAUGGGAUGCACAGGGAAGGGAAACCCAUCAACCUGUCUCAUCGGGAGGACCUGGCUUACAUGAACCACAUCAUGGUCUCCGUGUCCCCGCCUGAAGAGCACGCCAUGCCCAUCGGGAGAAUAGCAGACUGUAGACUGCUUUGGGAUUACGUCUAUCAGUUGCUCUCCGACAGCCGGUACGAAAACUUCAUCCGAUGGGAAGACAAGGAAUCCAAAAUAUUCCGGAUAGUGGAUCCCAACGGACUGGCUCGCCUGUGGGGAAACCAUAAGAACAGAACAAACAUGACCUAUGAGAAAAUGUCCAGAGCCCUGCGCCACUACUACAAGCUAAACAUUAUCAGGAAGGAGCCCGGACAAAGGCUUUUGUUCAGGUUCAUGAAAACCCCAGAUGAAAUCAUGAGUGGCCGGACAGACCGUCUAGAGCACCUCGAGUCUCAGGAGCUGGAUGAGCAAGCAUACCAAGAAGACGAAUGCUAAGGACCCACCACGGCCUCACCGGCUGGCCAAGAAGAAACCUGCCCACGGGGACCGCUGGAGGCGUGCUGGAGCAGGCGGGCUGGGGAUGGCUAAGAAAGAAGAGGCCCAGGACCGGCAGGAACGCUUCUCUUCCAGACUGAGAGGGACCCAGAGCACCUUAGACAAACCACCCAGCAACGGCGGGGCUGGAAUUCUGGCGGAGGGCACAAGCCUGAGACUCACAUGUCACAUUUGCGUCUCCUUUGGACCUCUUGUCCUUAGCGCCUCACCCUCACCCCGCACCUGUUGUUAGUCUCACGGUGUUUCUGUUUUAGUUUUGUUUUUUUUUCUUUCUUUUUUUUUUUAGAACAUGCAGUUUGACUAUUCAUCGUUCAUACAGGGGAAGACAUCACAUGUUGUUUUCCUAUGGAAAUAUAUCUAUUAUAUAUAUAUUAUUUUUUAUGCAAAUCUCACAAAGUACGGCCAGCUCAGCUGGUCAGGAAAGAGACUUGCAGAAGGGAUCAGACUCCUCUUCCUCCUGCCACAUGGAUCAGGUUUGUCCUGUUGCGGUUGGGUCUUGGAUGAGAAAAAGAAAGAGAGAGAGAGAGAGAGAGACUUUCAAAGAAUGAAAGAGAAAGUUCUCUCUGUCUCCCUCCUGCCCCCUUCUCUCAUUCAUCCUGUCCCCCUCCUUCUGCCUUCUCUGCCUGCUGGUCCAUGUCACAUGCCUUUUAGCAGACCUAGCCUCACUAGCACCUAAGCUAAAGAGUAACCCGGCUGUUCCGUGGCCAUCAGCCCACAACCAGACCCCUGGAGCACCCAUCUGAAGGAGAUCAAACCCCUCACAAAUGCUGCUGUAUUUCAGAAAGAUCAGUGGAGGUCUGGUUAUAAGAUAGGCCAAAGGCUGGCCCAGUGAUGUGGAAGGCCUUGGCAGCUUGGGAUUAUACUGAAGAGAGCGCCACAAAGUGGGAAAAUACAAGAAGCUCACACAGACCUAGUGGUCCAGGAUGUAGGCAGAGCUAUUCUGCAGUGAGGAACAGGUUGUGGAGGCUGGGAGGAAGCAGAGCUGUCGGUUUCAUUCCCAAGACUUCUUGCCCUUGUGGGAUUGCUGCCACCCCGACUCCAAGUCCUAGCCUUUUGUUGCGUUUCUUUGCUGGUCUUCACUGAACAUAGAACACAGAAGAGAGGACCCUGGAGUGCAGACUCGGCCACAGCCGGUAUCUGCACAGCCAGCACAGACGGGAAAGUCCUCAUUUCUGCUCCUGUCAUUGCUGUAUUUCGAGAAGACAUAUCUGUGGCUUUUUUCACCUCAACAUAAGGUCGGUAGUAUCUUCUAAGAUGAGGGGAAUGCUAUGCCUUAGGACUUUUGAUAGCAGAGAUUUUUAGAUGACUGUUUAGCUUAAAGGGAGAUUUGGGUUUUGUUUUGUU